CAGAGGGGGCGUCGAUGCGGGAUAUCCGAGCGAGGCUCGGGGGCCCUUCGCGCUGACGCGUGUUCGUGUGAAUGCGGGCAAAGCAGGUUUCCGAUGCAGCGGGCGGUGGCUGUCCUCGGCGGAGGGGUGAGCGGCCUGGCAGCCUGCUUCUACCUGGCCCGGAGCUCACAGGUGCCCAAGGUAAUCCUUUUAGAAGGUGGCAACCACCUGGGCGGCUGGAUCCGUUCCACACGCACAGAGAAUGGGGCAACUUUUGAACAUGGGCCCAGAGGGAUCCGGCCUGCCGGGGCCGUGGGAAGGAACACGCUUCUUAUGAUAUCUGACCUUGGGCUGGAAGGCAGCAUCCUUCCCGUACCGGGUGACCAUCCGGCCUCCAAGAAUCGCUACCUCUAUGUUGGUGGGAUGCUACACAAACUCCCUUCAGGUAUCGGCAGCAUCCUCCGGACGGUGUCUCCGUUCACCCGUCCUCUGCUCUGGAGCGGGCUGAAAGAACUCACAGCCCCACGGGGCUCUGGGGCGGACGAGACCAUCCACGCCUUCGUGAGCCGCCGCUUUGGCCAAGAGCUGGCCGACGUUGCCGUCGACAGCCUGUGCCGGGGGGUGUUUGCCGGAGACUGCCGGGCACUGAGCAUCCGCUCCUGCUUCCCAGCGCUGUUCCAGGCUGAGCGGACGCACCGUUCAGUCAUCUUGGGCAUGGUCUUGGGUGGAGGGAAGAGUGACCCUGUGAGUUCUCCGCUGGUCCGCCGGGCCCGGCAGGAGCGGUGGAGCCAGUGGUCCCUGCGCGAUGGCAUGCAGUCCCUCCCCGAAGCCUUGGCGGACUUCCUGAAGCGGCGCGGAGUGGAGAUCCGCCUCAACUCCCCCGUGAGGCGGCUGCAGAGAACGGCUUCCGGCUCCUGGGAGAUAGUGCUAGCAGAUGGCAGUGUGAAGGCAGAUCAUAUCAUCAGCGCUCUGCCAGCCAAAGUUCUCGCCGCGGCGCUUCCCAGCUGGGCCGAACCGCUGGCCCGGGAGCUGCAGGCCAUCACGGCGGUUUCUGUCGGGGUGGUGAACCUGCAAUACGAAAAUGUGACGCUUCCCGUCACGGGAUUUGGGCACUUGGUGCCUUCUUUUGAAGACCGUUCGCUCCUUGGUAUCGUUUACGACUCGGUCGCCUUUCCUGAACAGAACGGACGCAACAGGAUGGCCACUCGCCUGACGGUGAUGCUAGGGGGUGCAUGGUUCACGCCAGGUUUCGGGGAUCCAGACGAAGUCUCCCAUGCAGCCUUGCUGAGCCGAGCCCAGACCGCUGUCCGGGAGCACCUGGGGAUCGUGGCCCAGCCCUCUCACACCAUCGUCAAGGUGCAGAAGGCUUGCAUCCCGCAGUAUACCCUCGGCCACUGGAAACACGUGGAGAACGCAGAGGCAUUCCUGGAGCGAGAGCAGCUGCCCCUGAGCCUGGUCGGGGCGUCCUACAGGGGCGUCUCCGUCAACGACUGCAUCUCCAGCAGCCAGCGAAGACGCUCCGCUUCGACCAGGUGGCUUGCAAGAAGGGGGUGCUGGGGAGCCGGACGCCAGAAGUACAUCGUGCUCCACUGUCGAGAAAGGCCCGAGCAGUGUUGGACUCAAGGGACGUCCUCCGGAGACCUGGAGCAGGGCAGCAAGGCUAAGGCGGGGAAGUGCAAUUCCCAUCACUUCUUUCUUAAGGUCAAGCAUGCCAGCCAGGAAGAAAACAGCCAGGCCUUUCCUGUCUGGAGCACGAGGCAAGCUGUAAACUGAAUCUGAGAAGCUGUCCUUUGACAUAUCACCUUGGGAAAGUUCUUCGGUGGCCUUAAGUUUUUAAAGUAUGUGCUUUAAUUGAGUACGAUUUUUAAAAAAGCAGAUGCAACGUCAUUCACUAAAGCAUUAUAACAUUAAAAUCCAACUUUUCCUCCAAGAAGCCAAAGUGGGGACAUAGACCAGCCUUCUCCCAAUUCUCCUUUUUAUCGUCACAGCAGUCCUGGAGAUCUGGCCCCGAGUCGCCCCGUGAGUUAUGGGGCCAAGGGGAGGCUGGAAGCUGGGGCUUCUGAGCCCCAGACCAAGUCCAGAGGCAGCGAGCACCAUCUUCUUGGCAGAAAAGUCGGAAACAAAUGAAUAACCAAGCCAGAUGAAUAGCUAAAUGAAACAAGCUUUACAGACUAUCUACUGCUGUGAUUCUACGCCGUCUGGUACGAUCAGGAAAGGUCCCAAGCCCUUCCGUAUUCCAGACCUGCACUCACCGCCCCAUCAACCCCCUCUUGCUGUUUGACCCCCGGAGAACCCCUUCCCGUCACCCUUCGCACACAGCUUGGACUCACGAAGGAAA